UGCCAGCAUCGUUCUAGGGUUCUUCACUGCGAGAGAAAGAGGAUGGAUCCACUCGCGCAUUUCUAGGUAAGCGCUGCUCGGUUCUCGGAGCGCUGGAGCUGGCGAUGGCGCUGCUAGAUGGAACAGGCAGUUUCCUUCACCCGCACAGGCAGCAAUCCAGAACGAUUCUCACGAGAAAGACCCGGACGAUCACCAGGAUUCUAGUCGCGAGGCUCAAUCCCACAGAAGAUCGCAGGGAUUCGCAGCGGCGGCAGCUAAUUAUCAAUUCCUCUUCGUCCCGGCAUGGGAGAAUCGGGAAGAAGCUCUUGGCAAUUCCUCCAGCCUUCUCGGCGCUAGGGGGAACAGGACUAGAAGGCCCGGAAUCGGUCCUCCAGGCGGUGGGAGUUCUCACAGUGAUCAUCCUCGUUCACGAGGCCGGGCAUUUCCUCGCGGCCAGGCUCCAAAACAUCCAUGUUAGCAAGUUCUCUAUUGGAUUUGGGCCGAAGCUGGCCACCUUCCAGAGAAAAGAGGUGGAGUACUCGAUCCGGGCGAUUCCGCUGGGCGGCUACGUGGGCUUCCCGGACGACAAUCCAGACAGCGAGUUCUCGCCCGAGGAUCCCGACUUGCUCAAGAACAGGCCCAUCCUGGACAGAGUUCUCGUCAUGUCCGCGGGCGUUUUCGCAAACAUCGUCUUCGCCUACACGCUCCUCUUCACCCAGACGCUCACGGUGGGGCUCCUCCAGCAAAAGAUCCUGCCGGGGGUCGUCGUCCCGGAGGUUUACGCGAGCUCGGCCGCAGCUAGAGCCGGGGUCCGGCCAGCCGACGUGAUCCUCGCGCUCGACGGCCAGGAAGUCCGCAGUGACGAGCGCUCGGUAAUGCAGAUCGUGGACGUGAUCAAGCAGCGGCCGGGAAAGAAGAUCCAGAUGCUGCUCCAGCGCAGAGGAGAGGCAGUGACCGUGGACAUCUUCCCGGACAGGAGCAAGGAUGGGUAUGGAAGGAUCGGCGUCCAGCUCUCGCCAAACAUCCAGACCUUCCGGGUGAAGGCCAGAGAUCUGGCGGACGCCACCGUGCAAGCUAGCCGCGAGUUUUGGAAGCUGGGCAGCAAAGUCGUGGAGGGAUUGGCGCAGGUGGUGGUGAACUUCGCUCAAACAGCGGACAAAGUCUCGGGCCCGGUGGCCAUUGUUGCGGUGGGGGCCGAGGUUGCGAGGUCGGACGUUGCAGGGCUGUUCCAGUUCGCAGCGCUGCUCAACUUGAAUCUGGCAGUGGUGAAUAUCUUGCCACUCCCGGCGCUGGACGGAGGCUAUCUGGCUUUGAUCGCGCUAGAGGCGCUGAGGGGUGGGAAGAAGCUGCCCGACAAGAUAGAACAGGGGAUCAUGUCGUCGGGGAUCUUGCUCAUACUCGCACUGGGGAUUGUUCUUAUGGUCCGUGACACGCUCAACCUUGGUCUCGUCCAAGGCUUGUGAGUUCCACUUUCCAACAAAGUUUAUAUAUAUAUAUAUGAGGCUAGUGCAGUCGCUGUAGUCUACACUAGUCAACUGAGUUCACUCGUCUUCGUAAAUGUUACUUUGAUAUGUGAAUUUCACUUUAUAUUUCAAAUUUUUUAAACAAA